UAUAAGCUAAUGUGCUUUGUCUUGAGCUGUAAGGAUGAACUCCUGAAAUCUGUCUAAACUCCAGUGAUUGACUUGAAGACUGUCGUUCAUAACUGUUACCUGAAGAUUGAUGAAACACGUGACGUUGUUAUAAAGAUGGCGUUUAUUAAAGAGGAGAGUGAAGAUGUGAAGAUUGCAGAAACAUUCACAGUCAAGCAAGAAGAUCCUGAGGAACAAACAGAAAGAUUAUUCAAAACCGUCAGCAUGAACAAGAGAUUAUUCCUCGUUCCACAAGGGCUCGAUGUGUGUUUCCUGACAGACUCCAUGUGUCUGGGCAUCGAGGAGUAUUUUCCAAACGCUCACUGCUGGGUUCAUCCCGACGCCACUCUUCUCCAAUCCCUUCACAAACACGUCAAACCCUUCGUGAAGCUGCUCAGGCCUACAUUGGUGGUCCUUCACAUGGGCACUCAUGACAUCUCCAGUAGAGCGUCAUCGCUGAGUGUCGUCUACCGGAUGAAAGCUCUCACCGCACGGAUCUCUCAAGCCAAUCCAAACGUUCAGUUCUUCGCCAUCAGCGCCGUUUUACCACGACCGAGAGACGACUGCGUCACCAAAGCCACGGUCAAACAGACCAACAGAAUGAUGCAGCGCUGGACCACAUACGAAAGGAACAUGCUGUUCCUCAACACCUCCAAAUAUUACCUCAAGUACAGAUGCAUCGACCAAAGCCUGUACGAGGACGACGGACUUCACCUCAAUCAACGAGGAAAACCCAAGCUUUUCAUAUACUUCCGGCGCUUCCUCUUCCAUUUCUGCCGGUAUACUAUACAUCCUCAGGUUAGAGUUUAACUACUGCUGGGUAAAGGUUAAUUGCAUCCAAAAUGAGUUUUGACAUACUGUGUGUGUUUGAUUUAUUUAUUAUGUAUAUGUGAUGCAUAGAAACGAAGCGGUUUCUCAAAUAUAUGCAUGCCUGGGUGUAUUUUAUAUAUACAUAAUGAAUAUACACACUUAAUUUGUCAAACUUUUAUUUUGGAUGUGUUUUUUCUCUAUUUUUAACGCAGACUAUAAUUUUUAAAGCAAUAAAAUGUGUUUUACUUUUUAAAACUGA